GCAGAUGGAUUCGCAACCAUGCCUGCAGAGCUGGAUAUCCGAGUAAUGUAUGACCUUUACAAACACCAAAUUUCUUUUCUUAGUCACAGGUCAGCAGGUCUAAAUUCACUAGGUAGAGAGUCACCAGCUGGGAGGAACCGGUGCCUGGGGGGGACCUGGCUGGACAGGUAUGGGGGACCCAAGCCAGCCCCCUAACCCUCGGUCCCCCCACGGCAGCCCCCCAACUCUGAGCACUGUCACUCUCCUGCUGCUCCUCUGUGGACAGGCCCAUUCUCAAUGCAAGAUUCUCCGCUGCAAUGCCGAGUACGUGUCGUCCACGCUGAGCCUCCGAGGCGGGGGUUCGCCCGGAGGGCUCCGCGGAGGCGGCGGCCUCUGCCGCGCGCUCCGCUCCUACGAGCUGUGCACCCGGCGCACGGCGCGCACCUGCCGCGGCGACCUGGCCUUCCACUCGGCCGUGCACGGCAUCGAGGACCUCAUGAUCCAGCACAACUGCUCCCGCCGCGGCCCCACGGCGCCGCCCCCUCCCCGCGGGCCCGUCCCCGCGGGGUCUCCCCUGGAGCCCCCCGCCCCGGACCCCUGCGACUACGAGGGCCGCUUCUCCCGGACGCACGGCCGGCGCCCCGGCUUCCUGCACUGCGCCUCCUUCGGGGACCCGCACGUGCGCAGCUUCCACCACCACUUCCACACCUGCCGCGUGCAGGGGGCUUGGCCCCUGCUGGACAACAACUUCCUCUUUGUGCAGGCCACCAGCGACCCCGUGGCGUCGGGGGCCAAGGCCACCACCACCCGGAAGCUCACCAUCAUCUUUAAGAACAUGCAGGAGUGUAUCGAUCAGAAGGUGUACCAGGCCGAGGUGGACAACCUCCCCGCAGCCUUUGAAGAUGGCUCCGUCAAUGGCGGUGACCGACCUGGAGGUUCCAGUUUGUCCAUUCGGACGGCUAACCCCGGGAACCACGUGGAGAUCCGAGCAGCCUACAUUGGCACGACCAUCAUCAUCCGGCAGACAGCCGGACAGCUGUCCUUCUCCAUCAAGGUGGCGGAGGACGUGGCCAGGGCCUUCUCGGCCGAGCAGGACCUGCAGCUGUGUGUUGGGGGGUGCCCGCUGAGUCAGCGCCUCUCGCGCUCAGAGCGUAACCGUCGGGGUGCCAUCCCCAUCGACAUGGCCAGACAGCUGUGCAAAGAGGGGCUCCCGGUUGAAGAUGCUUAUUUCCAAUCCUGUGUCUUUGAUGUGUUCAUCUCUGGUGACCCCAACUUUACCAUGCCAGCUCAGACAGCGUUAGAGGACGCCCGAGCCUUCCUGCCGGAUCUAGAGAAAUUACAUCUCUUCCCUUCGGACGCAGGGGUUCCUCUCUCCCCAGCCACUUUCCUAACCCCAUUUCUUGCAGGGCUCUUUUUCCUGCGGCUUUGCAUUCAGUAAGUAGGUCAUCCAUGCCAUGGCUAGUUUGGAAACGAUUCGGGGAGGGCAUGGAACAGCACCAAUAACCCGGCGGAGACAGGGAAACCCACGAACCAACAAGCACUUAGCCAGAGUUGUUUCCAGCCCAGGGCUUGACAUGAGGAUCACAGAAUGAGAAUUCUGGACAAGGUUUUUGCAUUCCACAUCUUUGAAGGGGCUUUUUGCCAAUUUUCCCAGUCCCAUUUAUGGUGAGAAGAUAGUUUCCACCCAUGUACUUUUUUUUUUUUUUAAUUUGAAUUUUUUUCCUUUGUGCUGCUGCUGGGGCCUUACACUCUCAACUAUUUCGUUCAAGGCUGGUGCUCUACCACUCAAGCCACACCUCAAGUUCCGGCUUUUUGCUGGUUCUUUGGACAUAAGAGUCUCAUAGACUUCUUCCUGAGCUGUCCUGGAACUGAUACCCUCAUAUCUCAGCCUUCUGAAUGACUUGUUACAGGCAUGAGCUGCCA